AUGGGCUUCAACGUGCCAUUGAUCAAUCGUGACAGUGAAUGGUGUAAGAAAUGGUUCAACGAGCAUGUGCAAGAGCCACGCAUGCAGAAGAGACUCGUGCUGGUGAUCGUGUCCAUAGCACUGCUCCUGGACAAUAUGCUGUAUAUGGUGAUCGUACCGAUCAUACCGAAGUAUCUGCGUGACAUACAUGCCUACGAUGUGGAGUUCGUCGGCUAUCAUAAUGAGACACAACGUUACAAGAAUGGUACGGUCAUCGUGAGAAUGACCGGUGGUCAGAUUGACUACGUGAACGAAGAGCUCGAGCUGGGCUGGUUGUUCGCGUCGAAAGCGUUGGUGCAGAUUGUGAUCAAUCCAUUUUCUGGAUAUAUUAUCGAUCGAAUCGGCUAUGAGCUACCAAUGAUCAUUGGCCUAUGUGUGAUGUUCACAUCGACGGCAAUUUUUGCGCUCGGGCGCAGCUAUGGGGUGCUGUUCUUCGCCAGAUCACUACAAGGAUUCGGCUCAGCGUUCGCGGACACGUCGGGUUUGGCGAUGAUCGCUGAUCGAUUCAGUGAGGAGAACGAGCGCUCGGCGGCGUUGGGCAUCGCGUUGGCGUUCAUCUCGUUCGGUUGUCUGGUGGCGCCACCAUUCGGCUCGGUGCUCUACUCGCUGGCCGGUAAGCCGGUGCCCUUCCUGAUACUGUCGUUAAUUUGUCUACUCGACGGUUUCAUGGUAUUCAUGGUGAUUCAACCGAAACCCAAUAAACCCAUCGAUGUGGUGAGUGGUGAACGUGUACAAGGCACUCCAAUGUGGCGAUUGUUCAUGGACCACUAUGUGGCAAUCUGCUCGGGAGCGCUGAUAAUGGCGAAUAUCAGUUUGGCGUUUCUUGAGCCCACAAUCACCACAUGGAUGGCGGCAACAAUGCCCGAUACACCCGGCUGGAUGGUUGGCAUGAUAUGGUUUCCGGCAUUCUUCCCGCAUGUGCUGGGUGUUUACGUGACCGUAAAACUGAUGCGACGUUUCCCACAAAAGGAAUGGCUUCUAGCGGCAGUCGGUCUAGCCAUGGAGGGUUUGAGUUGUUUCGUUGUGCCGAUGACCACUUCGGUGGCACAACUCAUUUUGCCGCUCUCGACGAUCUGCUUUGGUAUAGCGCUUAUCGAUACAUCAUUGCUGCCGAUGUUGGGUUAUCUGGUGGAUACUCGUCAUGCGAGUGUUUAUGGGAGUGUUUACGCGAUCGCAGACAUUUCAUACAGUCUAGCGUAUGCUUUUGGACCGAUUAUUGCCGGCGGUGUGGUCUCGACAAUGGGCUUUUUUGCGUUGAAUGUCAUCAUCUGCGUGUUGAAUCUGGCCUAUUUACCGGUGCUGAGUUUCUUGCGAAAGGUCUAUUUGUAUGAAACGCUUGGCACAACGACUGAUGAUCGAACCAAAUUAACGUCCUCAUCCAAUCAACAUUAUAUGGAGUUGAGUGAGGAGACUGCUUUGGAUGGCUAUCCACGAACAGCGCUAAACGCCACACCAGAUUUCUAUCAGGGUUACGGCGCUCUAGGCCAGCAACCACUAGGCCUGCAAGCAGCAGCCAAAUCUAAGCAGCCACCCCCAUUACCACCACCCCCAGGUGGUGGUGGUGGUGUGAAAGCGGCAGCAUUCGGUUCCUCCACGUCCAGUGGUCAGGUCCGAUAUCAAAACGAUUUCCCACAGCCGGAAUAUCCGCCUGGGUUCAAUCCCCAAGAUCCACUUAAUCCACAGUGGUAA